AUAUCCUCAUUAAUAUUCAUUCGCACUAACUUGUGCAUGUUGACUUUUUUACUUGCUGCAUUGCCUGCAUUUGUAGGAGGCAUGAAACCGCACGUUGAGUCUCACUGCCGAUUUUACCAGGAGUUAAAGUGGUUUGUGGGUGUUUGAGCACAACAGGACCGAAGUGAAAGGCUAUUGAGCCUGUUUGACUGUUCACUGGGCUGAGUGAGGGAUGUGCCCCUAGACAUUUGCACUACAGUAUCCUGCUGACUUGCUUUGCUUGCUCGCACUGCCAUAGAAACAGGGUUCCAGAGUGCAGUGGAGGCUCAUUCUGUGCAGGAGCAAGCAAGAGAGAGGAUCGGGAAGAGAGAGUGAGGAAGCGGGGGAAAAAGAGAGAAAGAGGCAGAAAGGAACACAGAGAAACAGGGAGGGAAAAGUGAGAGUAAAGGAUCAAGAGAGGGAAAAGUGAAAGGCGCUGUCAUUGACGGUACUUUUGGCCUUGUGCUUGCUGUGUUUCUUGUUUGCGGCCUCGCUCUGCUGGGCCUCCUCACAUUAGUCUCCUGGAAGCUCUGCUGGGUGCCUUGGCGGAGCAAGGCCCAGUUUCCAAGCCCAUCUCUCAGUCCGGUCUGUGGCCCACAGCACAGCCCGCUCCAGCCAUCCCUCCCACUGCCCAGUCCCCAGCAGCCAGUGGUCACCAUGGCGACAGAGAAGGUAAAAGACCCUGUGGGUUCGAUGGGCUCGAUGGGCUUCCUGGAAGCGGCCGUGAAGAUAAGCCAUACUUCCCCUGACAUCCCCGCCGAUGUGCAGCUCUCCAUGAGGGAGCACUUCCUGCGCCGCACACAGCGCAUGCAGAGACAAACCACUGAGCCAGCCUCCUCCACACGGCACAACUCAUUCAAAAGGCACCUUCCCAGGCAAAUGCAGGUGGGCAGUUUAGAUCUGGGAAAUGACUACAUGGUGGAUAGGGACGAAAUGCCAACCAGCCUGGGUCGCAUCCAGCCAGAGCUCUACCAGCAGAAAGCCUCAGAGUCAGAGGAUUCAACCAAGAAUGGCAGCGAGAAAAACUGCGGGAGGAUUAACAUCUCGCUCAAGUUCGACUAUGAAAAUGAGGCAUUACUUGUCAAUAUUCUCAGGGCAGUAGACCUACCGGCCAAGGACUUGUGUGGUACCUCUGACCCUUACGUGAAGGUCUAUCUGCUACCUGACCGCAAGAAGUUCCAGACCCGCGUCCACCGGAAGACGCUCAACCCCACAUUCAACGAAAGCUUCCAGUUUCCUGUGCCUUAUGAUGAGCUGCCCAUCAGGAAGCUCCACAUGAGCGUAUUUGACUUUGACAGAUUUUCUCGACAUGAUAUGAUCGGGGAAGUGGUGCUGGAGAAUUUGUUUGAGAUGUCAGACCUAUCAAGGGAGACAAAUAUAUGGAGGGACAUCCAGUACGCUACAAGUGAAAGCGUUGACCUUGGGGAGAUCAUGUUCUCACUGUGCUACCUGCCCACCGCAGGCAGACUCACACUUACCGUCAUCAAGUGCAGGAACCUCAAGGCCAUGGACAUCACCGGGUACUCUGAUCCCUAUGUCAAAGUAUCGCUCAUUUGUGACGGCAGACGUUUAAAAAAGAAGAAGACAAGCAUUAAAAAGAACACCCUGAAUCCCACAUACAAUGAGGCCAUCAUCUUCGACAUCCCUCCAGACAGUAUGGACCAUGUCAGCCUGCACAUCUCUGUGAUGGACUAUGAUUUGGUGGGUCAUAAUGAGAUCAUUGGUGUGAUGAGGGUUGGAAGCCAUGCUGAGGGACUUGGCAGAGACCACUGGAAUGAAAUGCUGGCUUAUCCACGGAAGCCUAUUGCACACUGGCAUCCCCUCUUGGAGUCCAAGAAAUCAGAGAAGGAGUGGAAGGCGAGAACUGCCAGCUUUGACAGCCAGGGCUCCUGCCCCUCACCGAGGCCCCCUGCUAGUCCCUGAGAUGAGCUACCUGUGAUCCAACAGCCCAGAAGGGGUUUCUUCCCUCCUCCUGGUCCACGUCCUGUCUGUGUGCUUGAGGAGAAACACAAUCCCACUGUCUCUCCCCUCUCCCUCUCUCUAAUUCCUACCCCCUCACUUCCUCAAGUCUAGUCCCAGAGCACUCCUAAGUACUGAACUAGGACUUUCUGUCUGUCAGCGGUGUGAAGCUCAGGCUUUUCUCGACAUAGCUGGUGUGAUGGCCUGAAGCUAGCUUUGUUUUCUAGGAGAAUUGCUAGAGAUCCUGUCUGCAGGCAUUGAUUGUUGGUUUUUCCAAGCUGAGGUAAAUCAAGCUUGAUGGCCUCACAAAGGACUUGGAAAAACAGAGGUUUCAACUUUGAACCAUGGAGUCUGUUUGAUGUCGGAUAUCGCUCCAUGAAAGCAGCAGUUGUUUCACAAAGGGAAGCUGAGCACGUACAUUGCCAAGGAAGGAAAAAGAGACGACCUCACAAGCAAGCUGUUUUAUCUAUGCCACACUCACAUUUAUUUCUGCAGUCCUGGAUGACAUAAAAUAUAUUUUUUUUUAUAAAUUAUGUAUAAUUAACUUUAAAAUGUAUUUAGUUUACUGUAUUGUCUAUUUCAUUAUAACUUAAGAUGUCCAUCAGGCUAAAAUAUCAAGUAUCUCUGGUUGAUAGUUUACAGCUUUGGUGUGGCUUUUAAAAUCAUUUCAUAAAGGCACAACAGUCUUACAUUCUUUAAAACAAGAAUUUUUGAAAUGUGUGUAAAAACAAGGAACACUGUUAAUGAACAGAGGUGCAAAGAUCUCCACAAACCGGAACGUUUCAAGCACACUUUUAACACCCUUACCUUUUAUCAUGUUGGUGUUCAGUUUCUUCCAAAAUAAAACAAAUGCUUGAUUUUCUUCCAAAAUACACUACAAAAAAAGUCCUUUGUCUCCUGGUUAGGUUUAUUUUUGUUACUUAUUUUGGUGGAUGUAAAUAUAUUUAUGUACAGAUGUUUUGCUGCCUGUUUUGUUUUUCUUAAUGAAAGAAUAACAAAUGAUAACACAUAAAAUUCAAAAAGAGGAUAUUUUGAAUCUAUGUGACAUUGUUGGUGAUUAUGAUAAAAAAAACAAAAGAGAAAAGGUAACAAUAUUCCCCUUAAUGCAAAUUUUUUAUGUCUGUUAUUUCACUAAAUAUUAGCUCCAUAUGUGGGGAUUUGCAGUAAAUAAUGAUUCUUGAAAAAGGAAAAAAAAAAAGACCUUAGUAUGUCUUUCUUCAACAAAAUGCUCUAAUCCCAAACCGAAUAUGUGGAAAGUUUUGAUAAAACAAGCAGACAACCUUUCUUUCAUGUUAGUUAGUGACAUUAGCUAUAGGCAUUUAGUGCUUUUGGUAUAGAGCUUGAGAUUCCAUUGAAAAUUAGAACACUUUUAAACUGUAAUUGACAAGUAUAUUUUUUAUUUAACCAUCUCACAGUGGAGCUUCUGCCUUCCUUAAUUAUUCAGCACCACAACAUUCUGUAAAAGUUUCUAUUUCUGCUAAUGUUUAUCUACUUAUGCUAGUCUGAGAGCAAAAUCUGUCAUCUGAUGUAAGUUAUCUCCCGAUUUGAGUCACGUGUAAACUUUCUUCAUCAAAUUGAAGUUGCACAUGUCCUUGUUAACUGAUAAGAAAAUAUCCAUAAAUGUGCACUUCAUGAUCGGAAAAAACACGGCUGACCUUUCCAGUGAUACCUGCCUCAUCGAUAUGGCACUAAAACAAAGUCAGAAGGUAUUGCAAUGGCUCACACAUACGGUACAUUAAGCUAUAGGUAGGCUCCAGCACUAACAACAGUUCAGGGUCUUAAAAAUAAACGGCUCCAAAACAACCAAAAAUUUCCAUCAUACUUUUAAACAGGUACCAGACAGAGUGCUGGAGUGAAUGUUUUAGACUAAUGGCCAUCCUCCAACUGUUGCUGCACACGUCAGGUCAGCUGGCUGAAAGAAGACAAUACUUUAAAACUACAGUUGGCCAUCUAAGAGCAGCAUAUCUGCUAAGAAGCUGACUGCAGCUGGCUACCUGAGCAGAUAGCCCAACUAUUUAACCAGCUAAUCUAAGCUUUCUACUAUUGAAGCAGAGAUGGAGAGCAAAAAGAACAUUCUGCAAAAUAAGCGCAUUUACUAGACAACUACAACUAAAUUUAGUGAGUGUUUAUUCUCUAUCAAUUUCCUAAUUGUAGAUAUGAAAAUUCUCCAUACAUGCAUUGUCAAUGCCUGCUUACCAUUGAAAGGAUGCAGGUAGUAAUUGGAAUAAUUGUUGCUGUUCUGCUUUAAAAAAAGAAAAGAAAAAGAAAAACAGCAGUUAGAUCCUGUCCUUCAUUUAUCAACCAGGUAUAAACCAACCAAAGUUGGAAAAAGUAUGUAAUAUUAUCAAAUUGUCGGCCUGGAAAAUAUAUUAUAUAUUUACAGAUUCCUAAUUAAAUUGACAGACUUUGUCUUAGUCUAUCUUGUUCUAGAUAUUACAUUUAGAAAAAAGUAUACAUUUAAUUUGUUCAAAAUAUUUUUAAAAUUAUAUUUUGUGUUAAAUGUUCAAAAUAUUAUCUUUAACUUUAACAAAAAUAGUACAGGUGCAUCCAUUAUCUCACUGGUUUAAUGAGUACGCAACUUUUAGAGUUGUAAUGCUAACAUUAUUCAUGGAACAGCAAAACGUAUUGUUUAUUCACUUCAGUAUAUAUACUUUUUUCUAAACCUGUAUAGGGUAGAAAGAGGAAUACAAGGUGUGAAUGUAACUCACAUUCCUCGUAUUAGUGACUCACAUCGAGUGGCGACUCAUAUCGGGUAAUGACAGGGUCUGGAUUGUCUGUUUUAGAUUCUGCAAACAACCAUCUGCUGCUGAGUCUGCUAGCUGUAAUCACAUUUAAUAUUAUUGCUACUCUUUUGUUAGCAAGCUAACAUAAAACGUAGUGAAUUCUACAAACAUUACAGCUGUAAGAUAAAAUCACAUCUAUCUUGUAUUUGUAUUGGUUUAUGAUUGUUUUAUGUUGUAAUACUGAAAAUUAUUAUAGUGGAAAUGAUCAUGGCAUUUUGGGAUUUCCUACAGUACCUCUCUGCUCUGUGCUUGUUCUUAACCAUCGUUUUAAAAAUCAGAAACAUGUUUGUUUUUACUAAAAUAUGUAAAUCAGGUCCCAUUUAUUGUAGCUUCCCGUUUCAGUUUGUUUUUCAGUUUGAGCCUCCAGAAGCACUAAUUGAUGUCGGGCUCCUCAUUAACACAUUUAGAACACAACAUGAGAAGCUGCACUCUGGAGACGAUACCUUGCAGAACAGCUGCUUAACAACAAUCACAGACUACAGUUUGGUACAGUUUGUACAGAUGCAUUUUACUUCAUGCCGCAGAGUAGGUCAUGGGAAAAUCGAAGGCAGACAUGAAGACAUAAACAGAUGGAUUCAGCAGGCCCAGAAAGGUCUGCUUUAGACAUUUCUGUAAAGGAUACACUUACCCAAAGCAUCGAAGUUCAGCACCGUGGUGUUAAACUGGAAGACUAAGAUGACAGCGAGGGAAGCUGUUGGGCUGACAGGUCAGCAUCAACAGAACUGUGGCAUUUCUCUAAUUGGCACUUGUUAGAGCAAGAAUGAGUCAGUGCAUUGCUCGUGCGUGAUGUAUUCUAUCAUAGCAUCAACACUCUGGUGUAAUUCAACUAUUUGAAUGUUGGAAUUCCUCUUUAGACCAAUGGCAUUAUUAGAUUUUUACUAUAUAAACAAGUGGGUGACUUACAGUGUCGUUUCUGCUCCUUUGUAAAAAAAAAAAGUAGUAUUUUAUGAUGGUCAUAUUCCUUUGAGAAUGUGGUGUGUUUUCAUUGUCGGCGGAACCUGUUAGAUCAAUUGCCUCAGUUCAUGGACUAUUUUAAGACCUUUUAGCUUUGCCUAAUAUUGUACUGUUUGUUGAUAUAAUCUUGUAAUCCUUUCCAAAUGUUUAACAAUCCCUAAGGUUUAAAUUUUUUAUUAAACAUUUUGUAUCUGUAAUAAUAGAAAUGUUGGUUAAGACAAAUGAGUUGUAGCUAAACUCAGUGAUCCAGUGUGUAAUAAAGUAAAAAUGAAACAGAAAACAGUAUUUUCUCCAGCACUUUUCGUUUCUUUGUUUCUAAUAGCUGAAAAAUGAGCAUCAGAAAAAUUGCUUGUUGUGUUUUCUCCCAUGGAGCGUGAUGUGUUCUGUGACAUGAUUUCCCUUCUUUUGAUUAAAAGACUUAUGCAGAAAA